UGUGAUUUUCAUUCAAAUAUUUGUAUGGUCUAUGAUAUGAAUUGAUUUUCUUCUGACCAUCUUAGCUCUUAAAUAUCUUAUCUGAGGGGAGAAGUGUGCCAGAAGACAUGGUGCUCCAGCUGAUUCUUGCCAGACUUAACUCACCAGAAGUGGAGCACUAUGGAUAUGUACUGAGCUGCCUGCCGUUCAUGUCGGAAGAGUGUCUGAAGAGUCAUGAGCAGCUUGAACUGAUCAAAAACAUCAAGCUGACUCCCGAUUUCAUCAUCAACAUCAAGUCUGCAGACAAGGACCUGGUCCAACGGCUGUCAGGUCUGAAGCAGCACCCAGAGACAGGGCAGCUGUACAACAGGGAUCAGUGGAUGCGUCAGGAAGUGUUUAACAAGAAAAAAGAGAACAAAGAUGAGGAAGGGGAGGAUGAGGAGGAGGAAAAGCAGGCAGGGAGUGAAGAACUUGAAAAGGAUUUUAUUGACAAAAUGGUGUGGACACCCGAGAAUUUGGAUAGAAAUGCUUUACAUAGAAUCAACAUGUACAAGGAUACGAUGCUCAGACCACUGGAGGACUACAUGACAGACCACAACCCCCUCUACCUGUUGGAAUUGGAUGGAGAAAACAAACCUGAAGAGCUGCACUUGUCAGUGAUGUCACGUCUUGGAUCCAUGGCAAUCAAGCAUGUCUCAAUUCCAGUACUCCUCCAUCAAGCUGAUGAUGAAGAAUUAUCGGAAGAAGUUGACACGGAGGACCUAUUGAGAAUUAUGUCCUCUACCCGGACCGUGGCCCCUGGCUUCAGAUGGAGAAGAAGUCGUUGGGGCCGAACUUGUCCUGUUGCUCUGAGUGAAGGCAAGGUCAUUCUUGGCAAGCCUGAAUUAUGUGUGGGCUUCCAGGACAAACUGUACGUCCUCUCAUCUCCGGAGGCCUACCAGAAGUUUUUCAAGAACCCCAGACGGUACUUACUUCCUCCGAUGCCAAGGCCCCCUUGCAGAGUUUCCAUUAUUGGUCCUCCACUCGCAGGGAAAAGCAUUCUAUGUAAGCUUUUAGCUCAGCACUACAAUGCAUUAGUGCUUGAUAUGGAGACUUUGGUGCAACCUGUUCUGGCUAAGGUUGAGCAAGAGAGGCUUCAUAAAAUCAAAGAGGAAACAACACAGGUCGCUGUAGAGAAAAUCAAGAUGAGGAUGGAGCAGACUUCAGUGAACGCGGAUCAUCCAGAGGUACAAGCCAUGGUCUUCACUGCGCUGGAAGAAGCCAAACAUAUGAGCACAUCUCCCUUGAGUCUGUAUGCUGAGGUUCUGGAGAAACAUGUUAAUGAGAUUGAACAGGCUGACGCUGGUACAGAUGUCAGAACUGGCUGGGUGCUUGACAACUUUCCCAAGAGUGUGUCUCAAAUGAAAGCCUUAAAGCAAGCUGGAAUACUGCCAGACAUCCUCUUCUGUCUCAGAGACAGUGAUGGCAAUCAGGUUUUUAAGCGAUUGUAUGAGGCGAACAAGGAAAGCGUGGACGAAGCAAUCAGGAAGAGAUUGCAGGAAGAACAAUCUGAGAAGGAGAAACCGGCCUUAACCAAUAAACAGCCAGAAGAGGAAGGGGCUGUGCCUGCAGAGCUGCAAACAAAUCUAGAGACAGUUGCCGAAGAAACUGAAGAACAUCCUGAACAACCUGACAUCACCAGCCCUGCGAAUACUGAAAUAGUCAAAAAGGAAGCUGUGGUACUACCUGAUCAUUGGGAAUCAGGUUAUCCAGAUGGCCCUGAGAUGAAUGACUACAAAAUGCAAUUCAAACUGUUUUUGUCCGAAUGGGACCAAAUGCAGUCCACUUCAACUGUCACCCAGUCAAUAUUGGAGAUAGGCAGCAAAAGCCCUCAGGACCUGCUUCAAGAAAUGGUCUUUCAAAUGGAGAAACCCUUUCAGUAUGUGUCCUCGGAACUGUCAGCAAUGGACCUGGAAAAGGAGGCAGAAGAUAUGGAGGCCUUAGCUGAACUGGAGAGAGACGAGGAAGGAAGCAGUAACAAUGACGCAUUAGAGGAUGAGGAUGAACAGGCGGACACAACAAUAAAGAGAUUAUUAGGUGAUUCCCUUCAUUUCUGCCCAGUGGCCUUGAAAAACUCCAACAUGCUGUUGCCAUGUACGGAUGAAAUUGCAGCCAAGUACCGUGAGAAGACCUUCUACUUCUCAAGCCAAGAAGCCAGGGACUACUUUCUUCAAAACCCUUCAUAUUUUGUUCAACAGACGUCGCCUCUUAAGCCACCUGCCCUGCGGAUCUUUUUGCUUGGCACGAGAGGUUCUGGCAAGACCAGUAAUGGUGAGUGGCUCGCCCAGCAGCUUGGCAUUUUCCAUAUUCAGUUCAGGGAGCAUCUCCAAAUGCUCAUUAAGGCCAAGACAAAGAAGCAUGUACUUUAUGCGGAUGAGAGUGAGUCUUCAGAAGAGUCUGAGGACUUGGAAGCACUCAUAGAGGAAGCCAGAGGGGAGCAGGAGAAGAAGACAGAGGAGACCUCCAUCAACGAGAAUGACAUCGAGCAGGAAAUGGUCCUGACUGAGGAGGAAAAAGCCAUCAAAGCCUAUCUCUCUGAAGGAGAUCCAUUACCUUUACAAAUCUUGGACACAGUUAUUGCUCCGUACUGGAAACAGGAACCAUACAAGUCUACAGGUUUUAUUUUGGAAGGCUUCCCUUAUGAUUCUGAUGAGGUGCAGUACAUGUCACAGCGCCGGCUUUUCCCUGACCUUGUGAUAAUAAUGUCAGUGGAUGUCACGGAUGUUCAGAAUCGCCUGUUGCCGACAUACCUGGAGAGCUGGCGUGAGCGCCGCGACCGCCGUGAAUCACAGCUGAAUCUCCUUCGCGAUUUACGUAAAAAGAACCGGGAGGAAAACAUUGCCAAAAGAAGGGCUGAACUCACAAAGGCAGCCAAAACAAAAUCCACAUAUCUUGAGGAUGACGAAGACAAUGAAGAGGAUGAAGCUACAGGCAAUAUAGAAGAUGAGAUAGAGGCCACGCUAGAAGAACAGUUUCCUUUAGAAGAAGAUAACGAAGACAUGGAGAAUGAGGAGACUAAAGAGGCAGCAUCUGAGAGACUGGAGAUGGAGAUAGCAGAGCGCUAUGUGACAGAUGAAAAUGGCCUCACUACUGUAAUGGAUCUCUUAAGUGACCUAAACAUUCCCAAAGUGUCGAUUAGUGCAUCUCGCAAGCUCCGGAUUGUGCGGGAACAACUGCUCCAGAAAAUCCAGCCGCUGCUGACAAACAGGGAGUCACUCUUCCAAAGAUGUCAACCCAUCUCAUACAGCCUUGCACAUAAGUUGUUGCUCUCCUCAUAUAAGCUCCACAGUGCCUUUGGCUGCUGGGAUCCCAUAAAGCAAUACAGAGAGAGAGAUUUGAUCCAGCCUCUGCAGUGGCCCCUCAAUGCUACAUAUCCCCUGAUCUUCCAUCAGUAUAUCUACUUCUUUGCAUCUAAGGAGAAUCGCAACAUAUUUAUGCUGGACCCCUUGAAAUACUUAAGGCAGGCAAAACCCAAUCCAUCCCUUCCUGUUAAAAUGGCUGUUGUUGGCCCACCGAAAUCUGGGAAAACCACAGUGGCAAAGAUGUUUGCUCAAAAAUAUGGCUUGGCCUGCCUGUCAAUUGGUGGUGUUAUGCGUAUGGUGCUUCACAAGCAUGAGCACACUGAUUUGGCUGUCCAGAUGAAAAGGCAUCUCUCCCAGGGACUAACUGUGCCUGAUGAACUGGCCAUUCAGUGUCUGGAAGUGGCGCUCAUGAGCUCCGCCUGCAGCACUCUUGGGUAUGUGUUGGAUGGGUUCCCGAAGACACUUAAGCAGACAGAGCUGAUGGGGUCUCGCAGCAUCAUCCCUAUGAUAGUGGUUGAGCUGGAGCUGGACACAGUGGAAGUGCUGAAGAGAGGUCUACUGGACAAAAUGAAGCCUAACAAGCCUCACAUGAUGCAUGACAGCUCAGAGAUCCUUCACAUUAAUAACUCCUGUUACAAGCAGGAGAUGGAGCAUGUUAGGCAACACUUCCAACAACAAUAUCAGAACUGGGUACUGCUCAAUGGCUCGAAGAGCAAAUGGUGGAUCUGGCACAGCAUUGUAAAGGAGGUCAGCUUCAGCAUGAAAUAUAUCCAUAGCUACCUAGAGAGAACGUGCAGUGGGAAGGCAGCCUGCAUCAACAGACUGUGCAUCACACCCAGGGAGCUGCAGUUCCGGCUUGGUGAGUUUGGUCAGUACUGCCCUGUUUGCCUGGCUCUAUAUCAUCACCUGGUGGACCACUCAGACAUCGCAGCCUUAACUCACGCAGCUGAGUACAGGGGAAAGUAUUACAAGAUGUGUGGCGAAGACCAUUUGGAGCAAUUCCUUACAACUCCGGAUCAGUUUAUGUUCCCGCAUUGCCCACAUACUCUCCCACAAUCCCACCUGCUGCCACGAAAGCUCACUGAGAGCCAGGUGAAGAACAGGUUCCCACAGCAGGUUGAGAUGAAGGGCUUCUGCUCGGUAACCUAUGUGGAUGGAAAGCAAAGGUAUGAAACUCUUGUUCGAGGAAAGAUGGAAUUUGCUGUUGAAUACAGAGAACAAAUCUACGUUUUUGAGACAGAGCAGAAACAGGACACGUUUUUGAGGACUCCUGAAACGUACUGGAACCAGAAGCUGCCCAGUAAAGUUCCUCCUCUUUGGGAACCUGUACCCCUCACCUCCCUUCCAACUUUGGGCUACCUGGAACAGGGUGUGGCAGUAUCAGUAAUCAAGGCCUUGACAGCUGUUGGGUGUCUUAAACCAAAGUAUCCCUUCCUCAGUAUACAAAGAUCAUCACUCCUCUAUGUGGCCUUCUAUCUGAAAGCUUUUAAUCACAAGAGCACAGACUACACCCGCCAGAAGUACAAAAAGAAGCUGGCCUUGUUUGAAGAAAACUGUGCUCUCAUUCCCUACCUGAGCUCAACAAUGAGAGGGAACUACAGGCCUCCAAGUGAACGUCCCCUUGACUUUGAGUUCAAAUUGAAUAGGUUCCUUGCCUUGGGAGACUUGCCGGGUGCCAACAGUGUGCUGUAGCUGUCCCUGCUUUGAAAGCUUGACUAUUGCCUGCUAUUUCAUAUUGUGGUGGAAUUGUAUAACAACAACGUCAUUUGAAAACCAACUGCUAUAGAAGUUUAUUUUAUCAAGAGAUAGAAUAAAAUAGUCUUCACUGUCAUGGUUAACAAAUAGGCCCAUGUUUGGCUCAUAAACAUUGCUUGUAUGUUGCUUGUAUACUAUAAUAGACCUUGUGUAGUACCUUUCUUGCAGCACAUUUUAAAUAACAAAACAAUUAAACAAACAAAAGGAUCUCGAGGAAAGGAGAUCAAGAUUAGAUAUUGAUUUUACAACAAUCUUUAAAAUGUGAAUAAAAUGAAAGACACUCUUAAUAAAAUGUUAAGAUACUUAA